CUCCAGUGAAAAGGGAGAGGAAAAGGAGCUGCAGAUGAUGGCAUAAACUUGAAGAUUCUCCCCUAGUGGCCAGCACCAUCCAAAUAAACUAUCACCCACUGGUCCCCUCUUGCUGGUGCACUCAAAAGCAGAUCAAUUAUGUUCUCUAUCAACCCAAAUCCUACGACGUCAUUUGGUCCAUUUGAUGAACUUUCUCCAGUCCCCAUGCAGUACACCCUAUUAUAAAACUUGCACAAACUUUUUGUUCCACCGGAGUGUCCGUGUCUCCCUCUGCUUAUGCUUCGAUAAUCUUUCGAAUACCUCUUGUACAAUACCAGUUCCAAUGGUGAAAUUCUGGAGCUUCAUCUGGUGUUUCCUCGUCUCUCUUCUAUCGCUUACGACAGCAGUUUCAGCUGUUGAUGUCUUCUCGGAGGCGCUGCUGGGGCUGAAAUCCGAGCUUGUAGAUGGUUCGAACAGUUUGUAUGACUGGUUGCUUCCCUCUGGCUGGAGCUCAUCCGACACAAUACAUGCUUGCUCUUGGUCUGGGGUCACCUGCACCAAGAACUCUAGCAUGAUUGUUGGGUUGGACCUGUCGAAGAAGAAUCUCUCCGGUGUAAUAUCCGGCAAGCACAUUGAGCUGCUGGUCUAUCUGGUGGACCUCAACCUUAGUCACAACUCCUUCUCUGGGCAUCUUCCGGCUGAAAUAUUCAACCUCACCAAUCUUAGAAGCUUAGAUAUAAGUAGAAACAAUUUCAGUGGCCGCUUCCCUGCUGGGGUUUCCGCUGUGCAGCACCUGGUGGUUCUUGACGCCUUCAGUAAUAGCUUCUCAGGCCCCCUGCCACGGGAGGUCUCACAGCUGGAGUCGCUCAAGGUACUCAAUCUAGCUGGUAGUUACUUCGAGGGUUCAAUCCCAUCAGAGUAUGGGUCUUUCAAGAAACUGGAGCUGCUUCAUCUUGCAGGAAAUUAUCUGGAUGGUGAAAUCCCUCCGGAACUGGGGAUGCUCAAAACAGUGACGCAUAUGGAGAUUGGCUACAAUGCCUACCAGGGAAAUAUCCCAUGGCAAUUGGGAAACAUGAGCGGGCUUCAGUAUCUUGACAUUGCUGGCGCUAACCUCUCUGGUCCAAUCCCAGAUCGCCUCUGCAGUCUCACCAACCUUCAAUCGCUGUUCCUGUUCAGGAACCAACUCACUGGACCAAUCCCAUUGUGCUUUGGCAAUAUUGUGCCUCUCAUGAGCUUAGAUCUCUCUGACAACCAAAUUUCUGGGUCCAUUCCACACAGCUUUGCAGAGUUGAGAAAUCUUCGUCUACUUAGCCUCAUGUAUAAUGACAUGAGUGGCUCAGUCCCCGAAGGAAUUGCAGAUCUUCCAUUCCUAGAAACUCUUUUAAUAUGGAACAAUUUCUUCUCUGGACCACUGCCACCGAGCUUGGGCAAGAACUCCAAACUUAAAUGGGUUGAUAUUUCUACAAAUCGUUUCACAGGGGGUAUUCCACCAGAUAUCUGUGCCGGAGGUAUGUUGUAUAAGCUGAUCCUAUUCUCAAAUAAUCUUACAGGUGGGCUUUAUCCUGCUCUUUCAAACUGCUCUGCUCUUGUCCGUCUCCGGGUUGAGGAUAACUCCUUCUCUGGUGAGAUCCCCUUAAAAUUUGGCCUCCUUCCUGAUAUCACCUAUAUAGACAUCUCUAGAAACAGGUUUACAGGUGGGAUCCCCCAAGACAUAUAUCAAGCUUCCAAACUUCAGUACUUCAAUGUCUCUCAGAAUCCAGGCCUAGGAGGUGCAAUUCCUACAAAAAUAUGGUCUCUUCCGCUUCUUCAAAACUUCUCAGCAUCCUCCUGCAAUAUUUCAGGAACGUUGCCUCCAUUCGGAUCUUGCAACUCCCUUUCUGUACUUGAACUGAAUGGCAAUAAUUUAUCAGGGAGUGUGCCAGAAAGUCUGGCCAACUGCCGGGCUAUUAUGACGAUGGAUUUGUCUAACAAUAAUUUGACAGGUUAUAUACCAGUUGAGCUUGCAAGUCUUCCAACUCUCAAUGUCUUAGACCUAUCACAUAAUGAGAUCAAAGGUCGCAUACCUUUCAUGUUUGGAAAUUCUUCAAGCCUAGUACUUCUAAAUGUGUCCUUCAAUGAUAUGUCUGGUUCAAUCCCUUCUGGAAAGAAUUUUAGAUUGAUGGGUUUAAGUGCUUUUACUGGAAACCCACAGCUAUGUGGAGGACCUCUGAAACCCUGCCCUUACUCAAAAGAAACUUCCGGUGUAGCUGGUUUUGGAUUGGGGAGCAAAAGUGCAGAAAGGCUUACAUGGAUUUUGCUGUGUGUAGGGGUGGUUUUAGUUCUUGCAGUGUCAACUUUGGUCAUCUUUUAUUUGCAGCGUGGAAGUAAAGGCCAAUGGGAAAUGGUUCCUUUUAUUGGUUUCCCACAAUUCACAGCAAAUGACGUUCUGAGGAGCCUCAGUUACACAGAAUCCAUGGAGAGGGUGCCAACCUUAUCAGCUUCGAUCUGCAAAGCAGUUCUUCCCACAGGGAUAACAGUUUCAGUGAAGAAGAUUGAAUGGGGUGUGGGGAGAAGAGGUGUGAUGUCAGAAUUUAUAACCCAGAUGGGCAAUGCAAGGCACAGUAACCUGACCAGAUUGUUGGGGUUCUGCAGCAAUAAGCAUAUAGCCUAUCUUUUUUAUGAUUACUUGCCCAAUGGAAAUCUGGCAGAAAAUAUGAAAAUUAAAAAGGAUCCAAUAAUUAGUACAUGGUCAGCUAAACACAAACUUGUGAUUGGGAUUGCAAGGGGCCUCUGCUACCUUCACCAUGAUUGCUACCCUGCAAUUCCCCAUGGAGAUCUAAACUCGAGCAACAUAAUGUUUGAUGAAAAUAUGGAGCCCCAUCUGACUGAUUUUGGAUUGAAAAUAUUGGUACAGAUGAAUGAAAAUUCACUCGUAGAGAGGAUAACUGGAGCUUUUUCAGCAUCAGGCACAGGUGAUCUGAGCACUACCAUAAAAGAGGAGCUGCAUAGAGAUAUUUACAGUUUUGGGGAAGUCCUUGUGGAAAUUUUAACCAAUGGUAGGCUGACAAAUGGAGGGGAGAACAUACACAGCAGAACAAAAGAGGUCAUUCUAAGAGAAAUUUAUAAUGAGAAUGAAGUCAGCACUGCCAAUUCAUUGAAGGAGGAAAUAAACCUGGUCUUUGAAGUUGCUUUGCUCUGUACCAGGAGAAGACCAUCUGAUAGACCAUCCAUGGAGGAGGCCCUGACACUUUUAUCAGGUCUAAGGCCACAUAUGAAAAUGUAGUGAUUUUGAGUUAGAAGAGUUAUAAUUCAAGUCCCCAUGUGACCACAACAAAGACAUGACAUCAGUAUCCAUCUCAUAGAAGCUACUGCAUGCUUUUUUUCAGUUUUCUUUUCCUGUGUAAUUAUCAGCCAUUUUAAUAUUAAAAUAAUGCCUAUCGGUCUGUAUUUUUAAAAGCA